AUGGGCUUUUUUAACAAGCUGCGGCGAAGCUCACGGCGAAGUGGAACGACCGACCCGCCAUCGCCCCGCGUCAAGGUUGACGUGACCGGCCAAGAUUACACCAAACACCUACCUCGGCCAGUAUUGGCGCGCAUUUUCGCCUUUGUUUGUCCUCACGCAGUCGAUAACACAUAUGGUACCUCCGAGGAAUCUGUAAGCGAUGGAUGUAUGCUAUGUGACAUGCGCGACCUGGCGCACUGCUCGCUCGUGAACAAACGGUGGUUUUUGGAUGCGCGGGCGCUACUCUAUACAAACGUCCGAAUCGACCCCGUCCAUUACUGCCAACUCGAAAUCGAAUUAGCCGCCAAGCGAAAACGGCGCUCGUUCUUUGACCGCAAUGGCGAUCCAAUCGAUGCUCCACAAGUCCGUCUGGAAAUGUUUAUGCGGACAGUGCGAGAGUCACAGGGGUUAGGAAAUAUGGUGUUAUCGCUCCGAAUGCCAUAUAUGACUCGCGAGGCCAACAAAGCCAACGUCGCCCGGACCAUCUCCGUCCUUCCUAAUCUCCGCUUUGUUGACCUGCCAGUGGGUUUGUACAGCGACGAGGCAUCAUGUCUAGCGUUGAAACAGGAGUUGAUGGCCCGAUGCCCCGAGUUACGUCGGAUGGCCUAUCGCCGAGGUGCCGAGGGCAGCUUUUCGCGCCUACCUGGAUGCCAGCUAUGGAUGAAUCUGGAGGUGCUCGAGCUAUCUGGAGUCCAAAUGGAGGCUAGUACUCUGCGCGGCGGACUUGCUGCUUUCCCUUAUCUUCGUGACCUCACAAUUGAAGAUCUCGAUUGGCUUGACGAUUCCGCAUUUGCAGUGAACGUCCCUCUUCCGCCAUUCCCGUCAGUCCAGUCUCUUACCCUUCGCGAUACCCCUAAUGUCACGGCAAGCGGGCUUGCCACAUUCCUUUCCAUGCCAGUGAACCGAGCGAGUCUGAAAUCUUUGAUAUUAUCUUCUACCGGCAUUAUUCCAUCCGAAUUACAUUAUAUUCUUGCCGCGGCUCCACGGCUCGAGAGCCUCUCUAUAAUUCAGGAGGUCUCUCGCUCAUUCCCCAUGGAGCAAAUCCCUCCCCUGGCAUCCAAGUCGCUGCAUCUCCUACACUAUGAACUUACAUCACAGACCGACAACCAUGGAAUGCCACCAGUGGUAAGCUCAUACUAUACCUAUCUGAUCUCGUCCUUGGUGUCCCGGACGUUACCAGCCCUUCGAGAGUUAUAUGUCCGCGAUUCUUCAUUCCCCGACACACUGUUGCUCAUGCCUCCCCCACGACUCUUAGGUGGUGGUGAAAACGGGCCGCAGGUGCGGGGCGGUCUUUCGCAGCCCCUGAAUGUAUACAGUAAGGGUCUGGAUGAGUUUGAAUGGAAUUUCACACCGUACGACCCUAGCCCGGCGCCCGGGCGCCGUGACUCAAGUACGCGCCCGGUCAGCUUCCACGAGGCCCAGCUGAGCCGGUCUUGGGGCGGCGAUGCGCGCAAGAGCGUUCUCGUUGGUAACGGAUUUGGUGGGUUCCUGGCCGUUCCGGCUGAUGAAGAGCGACCUAGGAGUAGUUCGGGACACCACAAGCGGCUGAGCAAACAGGAUUUAUGGCGGUGA